AGCACAACAGGUCAACCCCCUAAACAGCGGGGUGCGGUGGGUUGUUUGGGUCUAUUGUCAAUCGUCAGGGCGGCGAAAGAUUCAGACUUUGGUCUGAGAGCGAAAAUGGAAACAACACAAAAUCACUUUCAACUAUCGAAAUCAGAUCUUAAUUUUUGAUCAAACUCUACUUCAAUCGCUCACUUCACCCUAUUUCUUCUAUUUUGCCUCACCUGUAGGAAAACACGUUACAUUACUUGAUGGGAACGUCAUCUGGAUCAAACAUCCAUCACCAACCUUCACCAAAUAUGCUGCCUCCACGUCAGCUACCACGAACCAGUGGAUUACAUACAUCCCUAUUCCUAGCAUCUUCAGAAGCUCGUGGAUCACCUGAUCUUCAAGAACCCAGAUCAAAUUACAAUCAGGUUCGGGAAUCCCCUGCUGAGAGUGCCAGUUCACGAGAAACCUGGCCCAUUGCCGAUGUUAUUAUGGCAAAAAAGCUAGAGAACGAGAGAGCAGAGAAUGAUCUUCCCGAUUCGUCAGUCACUCGUCGGUUUUCUCAUUCAGAUAACAUUUCUCUUCAGGACAUAGCAAGAGAAAGAGUUGAUCUAAUUUCUGAAAAGAUGCAUCAGCUUCCUGAAAAGCUUCUAGAUGACUUAAAGGGCAGGCUUCGAUUAAUUCUUGAAGGCAGUGGCGGUUCUCAGCAUAGAGAUGAAUUCUUGAUUUUGCAGAACCUUGUAAAAAGUAGGUCUGAUUUGACUGCUAAAACAUUGAUUAGAGCUCAUCGAGUUCAGCUCGAAAUUCUUGUUGCCAUAAACACGGGAAUUCAGGCUUUUCUACAUCCAACUAUUAGUCUCUCUCAGACUUCCCUGAUUGAGGUUUUCGUGUACAAGCAAUGUAGAAAUAUAGCAUGUCAAAACCAGCUUCCAGCAGAUGACUGUACCUGUGAAAUAUGCACCAAUAGAAAAGGUUUCUGUAAUCUUUGCAUGUGCGUGAUCUGUAACAAGUUUGAUUUUGAAGUGAAUACAUGCCGUUGGAUUGGUUGUGAUUUGUGUUCUCAUUGGACUCAUACUGAUUGUGCGAUUCGAGAGAGGCAAAUUUGCAUGGGCCCAUCUAUUAACAUUGGAGCUGCUUCAGCUGAGAUGCUUUUCAGGUGCUGGGCCUGCAAGAGGACAUCUGAGCUCUUUGGCUGGGUUAAAGAUGUAUUCCAGCACUGUGCACCAACAUGGGACCGAGAGGCGCUCAUAAGGGAACUUGAUUUUGUGAAUAGGAUCUUUCAGGGGAGCGAGGACACUAGAGGGAGGAAACUUUCAUGGAAGUGUGAGGAGCUUAUUGAAAAAUUGAAGGAUGGAGCUCGAGAGUCUAUUGCAUGCCAAGUUAUAUUAUUAUUCUUUCAAGAGCUUGAGAUGGACUCAUCAAAGAGCCCAGAUUCUGGGGAAGGUGGAUGCACGAUAGCCCCACAGGAGGCAUGUAACCGAAUUGCUGAGGUAGUGCAAGAGGCAGUAAAGAAAAUGGAAAUCGUAGCUGAUGAGAAAAUGAGGAUGUUCAAGAAAGCACGCCAAGCUCUGGAGGCUUGUGAACGUGAGCUCGAGGGGAAGGCCAGGGAAGUUGCCGAAUUAAAGAUGGAGAGGCAACGAAAGAAAAUGCAGAUAGAUGAGUUGGAGAGCAUUGUGAGGCUUAAACAGGCCGAGGCUGAUAUGUUUCAGCUCAAGGCUGAUGAGGCUAGACGGGAAGCUGACGGGCUGCAGAGGAUUGCUCUUGCAAAGUCAGGGAAAUCUGAGGAAGAUUAUGCUAGCAAGUACCUGAAACGCAGGUUGAGCGAGGCAGAAGCUGAGAAGCAGUACCUUUUUGAGAAGAUGAAGCUACAGGAGAGUUCACGCCCAUCGUGAAAUAAUGGUGUAGGAGACCCUUUCAGGUACUGUUUUUUUAACGAAAUCCGAGAAUCACUUUAAAACGUCUACAGUGUCUUCCCAAAGGCAGAAUAUGCAUACUGGUUUAUAUUUGGUUUUAGUUGAACUGUGUGAUUAAUAAUAUACAUAUACUCUGUUGCUGAACAAAGUCAUAUUAGUAUGAAGCUAUUUUCUUACCCACACUUCAUGAA